AUGGCCAGUGAAAACAUACGGAGAGCUCCAGCGCUCCCCGAUCCCGGGACCGGGACCCCGGGUUCACCGCUUUCCGUCUCCCCGUCGGCCUUCCGGCUCACCUCGCGGCGGCGGCGCCGGGCACACCGCACGAGGAAACCAAAAUCAGCGCGCCAGACAAACCCCCCGCCUCCUGGCGUGCGACUGCGCCUGCGCCUUCGUGUGCGCGUGCGCCCGGGUUCCCGGAAAUGCCACGGCCGCUCCGCCCCGGCCCGCCCAGCCGGAGUCAGGGAUGAGAAGACCCAGCGGUCCCGGGGCGUCGAGGCUGGGUUCGACCGGGUAGAGCUGGCCUGCGGAGGCUUUCCUUCCCUAGUAGAGGGAACGAAACUCCUAGGGCGCGCGUCCCGCCUCGGCUCGGCCCAAGCAAAUGAUCCGACACCGUUUCACAUUCAAGCAGAAGUGAUGAUGAAAAUAAACUUCUUUGGUAGCUGAGGCGUGUGCACAAAACCGCUGCCUCCAAUGAAACCCCAAGGCAGUGUGGUCACUGUGUCUAGCAUAACGAGCUUCAUAGCUCUUAAGAACUGCAGCUCAGAACUGCAGAACUCCAGAAGUGAGACCAUCACAGAGGAGGAGCUGGUGGGGCUCAUGAACAAGUUCGUGGAAGACACAAAGAGUGGGGUACACAGGAAGGAGGGCAGGCCUGAUACGAGGGCACUCACAUAUGGAGUGUCAAAGAUGGGUGUCACCGUCCUGUCCAGAAUCCAUGCCAGGAAACUGAGUGAGCAGAGGAGGGGAGACAGGAUCCUCCUGAAUGCCUGCUCCCCUGGGUGGGUGAGAACAGCCAUGGGUGGACCUACAGCCAUUAAAAGCCCAGAAGAAGGAGCAGAGACCCCCGUCUACUUGGCCCUUUUGCCCUCAGAUGCUAAGGGGCCUCACGGGGAGUUUGUUACGGAGAAGAAAGUUGAACAAUGGGGACCCUACCCUCAGUUCCCUCCAUGGGACCCAUUAUGA